CGCGCGCGUGAAUAUAAAGCAGCAGUUAUUUCUGCCGGAGCACAUGUAGUUCAUCUCCCAGUCAGUGGGGAGGAAAGUACGCGUCGUUCUCCAGCUGGACAACGUCAGGAUGUCUUUGGAAAGGUUUGAGAAAAAGAAGACGCUAGACUUGAGGAAGAAGCACAUUGGGCCAUCCUGUAAGAUUUUCUUCAGCCAUGACCCUAUCAAGAUUGUGCAAGCCAAAGGCCAGUACAUGUAUGAUGAAAAAGAGCAGAGCUACUUGGAUUGCAUCAACAAUGUGGCUCAUGUGGGCCACUGUCACCCAGAUGUGGUGAAGGCUGGAGCUCAGCAGAUGGAACUACUUAACACCAACUCACGUUUCUUGCAUGACAACCUUGUAGUCUAUGCCCAGAGGCUGCAGGCCACACUGCCUGAAAAGCUGUCAGUGUGCUACUUUGUUAACUCUGGUUCUGAGGCCAACGACCUGGCCCUUCGACUAGCAUGGCAGUACAGUGGCCACAAAGACAUCAUCACAUUGGAGAAUGCGUACCACGGCCACGUCUCAUCGCUCAUUGACAUCAGUCCGUAUAAGUUCCACCAGCUGUCAGAUGCUGAGCAGAAUCAAUUUGUCCAUGUGGCCCCGAGCCCAGAUGUGUACAGAGGCAAAUACAGAGCAGACCAUCCUGAUCCUGCAACAGCAUAUGCAGAUGAAGUCAAAGAUAUAAUAAACAAAGUCCACAAGAAAGGAGGCAAGAUUGCUGCUUUUAUUGCUGAGUCACUGCAGAGUUGUGGUGGGCAGGUCAUUCCCCCUGUGGGCUACUUCCAGCAAGUGGCAGAACAUGUCCGUAAGGCAGGUGGCGUUUUCAUCGCCGAUGAGGUCCAAGUGGGCUUUGGGCGUGUUGGCACCCACUUUUGGGCCUUCCAGCUUCAGGGAGAGGACUUUGUGCCCGACAUUGUCACCAUGGGAAAACCUAUAGGCAACGGUCACCCCAUGUCAUGUGUGGUGACGACCAGAGAGGUGGCAGAGGCCUUCAUGUCAACUGGAAUGGAGUAUUUCAAUACAUUUGGCGGUAACCCAGUGUCAUGUGCCAUCGGACUGGCCGUCCUGGAUGUGAUUGUGAAAGAGGAUCUCCAGGGUAAUGCGCUGCGUGUGGGGCGAUACCUGACCAAUCUGCUGGAAAAGCAGAAAGAGAAGCAUCCACUGGUCGGAGAUAUCAGGGGUUGUGGCCUCUUUGUUGGGGUGGAGCUUGUGAGGGACAGGUCGAAGCUCACUCCUGCUACAGCAGAGGCUCAAGAAGUCAUAUAUAAGCUGAAGCAACAGCACAUCCUUCUUAGUGCUGAUGGACCACAUCGCAAUGUGCUCAAAUUUAAACCCCCCAUGUGCUUCACUACGGACGACGCUGACCUGGUGGUGGAGAAAAUGGACCACAUUCUCACGGAACUUGAGGAAGCAUUAGGCUUGAAAUUGCCCAACACAGUGAAUCCAGAGAAUGAAUGCAGUAAAAGAAAGCUGCCGACUGAUGAAAAUGGACACCAGUAUCACAGUGGUUUAGUACAGAGCAGAGGAAGCAGUCAACAAACCAAACCCCUCACGACAUAAAGCUUCUUGUGAACUCAACACUGUAUCUUUUACAUAGUUAAAGAACUGAUAAAAGAAAUACAUUUUGGAGGUAGCAGAAUUCUGGGGAAUAAGUGCCUUAGCAUUUAACCUAAUAAUGAUGAUGAUAAUAAUAAUGUACUGUAUGUCUAUGAGAUUGCAGUGUCUUCUCAGGUAUUAUUUUUAAUUAAACAAAGGGAUGAAGCCACUUGUUUAGCAUAGCAUGUCUAAUAUAGUCUUACUGUAGUGCAAAAACUUUCCUUAAUUGUGCAAGUUACGAUACUACAUGAGGUGUUUUUUGUUUUCAUUUUUGCCAAUAUUCACAUGGCCAUGAUUAUCAGGGAAUUAUGGUUUUACUAAAUCAAAAUGUAUAUAUGUAUAUGAAACAUGCAAUGGUGUCUUAAUGUGGCUUUUGCAUUAAAAUACAGCUUUAAUUACUGAA